AUGCCUCUUUCAAGCAGCUCCACGUCCUCCACGAAGAGCAUCCGCAGAGCAGCAUCCGAGCUGGAGAGGUCUGACUCCAUCACGUCUCCAAGAUUCGUCGGUAGGCGUCAAAGCUUGAUCGAGGACGCGCGCAAGGAGAGAGAAGCCGCCGCCGCAGCGGCAGAGGCGGCGGAGGCCAGUGAGCAGAUAGUGUUUGAGGAGGACGACGGAAAAGCGCUGCUCAACAUUUUCUUCACGCUACGAAGCUCCAAGACGCCAGUGCUGUCGCGGACGCUCAAAGUUUUCGAGACCUUUGAAGCUAAGAUUCACCAUUUGGAGACGCGACCAUGCCGCAAGCUCAAGGACAGCCUGGAAGGCCUGGAGUACUUUGUGCGCUGUGAGGUGCACCUCUCGGACGUCAGUACUCUUAUCAGCUCCAUCAAGAGGAAUGCAGAGGACAUUAGAACCACCAAAGAAGUCAAAUUUCACUGGUUCCCAAAGAAAAUAGCAGAUCUGGACAGAUGUCAUCAUCUGGUCACAAAAUUUGAUCCAGACUUGGAUCAAGAUCAUCCUGGCUACACAGACCGUGCUUACAGAGAGAGGAGGAAAAUGAUUGGAGACAUCGCCUUCAGAUACAGACAUGGGGAGUCGAUUCCCAAAGUGGAAUACACAGAGGAGGAGAUUGGCACAUGGAGGGAAGUCUACUCAACUCUGAGGGACUUGUACACCACCCAUGCCUGCAGUGAAUACCUCGAGGCCUUCCAUCUGCUGGAAAGGCAUUGUGGGUACAGUCCAGACAACAUCCCCCAGCUGGAGGAUGUGUCACGCUUCCUCAAAGAGCGUACAGGGUUCAUGCUGCGUCCAGUGGCAGGUCUGCUGUCAGCCAGAGAUUUCCUGGCCAGUUUGGCUUUCCGGGUGUUCCAGUGCACCCAGUACAUCCGACACGCCUCCUCUCCUAUGCACUCCCCAGAACCUGACUGUGUCCAUGAGCUGUUGGGCCACGUCCCCAUGCUGGCCGACCGCACUUUUGCCCAGUUUUCACAGAACCUUGGUCUGGCAUCACUUGGAGCUUCAGAUGAAGAUAUUGAGAAACUAUCAACAUUAUACUGGUUCACCGUUGAGUAUGGCCUAUGUAAACAGAAUGGUGAGGUGAAGGCUUACGGCGCUGGACUGCUCUCCUCUUAUGGAGAGCUUGUGCACUCGCUGUCCGACGAACCAGAGACAAGGGAGUUCGAUCCAGAGGCCGCGGCAGUGCAGCCCUACCAAGACCAGACGUACCAGCCGGUCUACUUUAUUUCUGAGAGUUUUUCAGAUGCCAAGGAGAAAUUCAGGGGGUAUGUGUCAAGUAUCAAGCGUCCCUUCUCGGUGAGGUUCGAUCCGUUCACCAGCAGCGUGGAGGUGCUGGACAACCCGCUGAAGAUCCAAGGAGGCCUGGAGGGGGUGAAGGAUGAGCUUAAGAUGCUGACAGAUGCCCUCAGUGUUUUGUCAUGA